AUGGCAGACACUCUCAGGAUUCACGGAACAGUCUUUUCCCCUCCAACCCGAGCUGUGAUGAUUUUCUGCAAGCUUCAUAAUAUUCCGAAUGAGCUCAUCCAAGUUGACUUGCUAAAGCACGAGCAAAAAUCUCCAGAGUUUCUUGCCAUUAAUCCAUAUGGCCAAGUCCCUGCAAUUACUCAUGGAACUUUCAGCCUUGGUGAAAGCAAUGCUAUUAUUUACUAUUUAGCUGAAGCCUUUCAUACUGAUUCUCAAUGGUUUCCAGCAGACCUCCAAGCCAGAGCGAGAGUGAACGCCUCACUGCAUUGGCAUCAUACUAAUACAGUCAAAGCUAUUUCUCCUUAUGUUUACAAUUAUAUCGUUUUGCCUAAAUUUUUCAACAAGCCAGUGCCUCCACCUGAAAAAGUAGCAGAAUGGUCAGCAGCUUUGGAGAGUUUCCUUACAUCUAUUGAUGCUGUCUUUGCAAAUGGAAGCUACAUAGCUAGAACUGCUCAGCCAACGUUUGCUGAUAUCUUGUUGUAUUGCGCUUUAAGUCAGUUAGAAUUGAGUAAUUUUGAUUUCAGCAGACAUGCUAAUUUGGUAAGAUGGAGAGAAGAAAUAGGAGGAAUUGAAGCUGUUAGAGAAGUGCAUGAGCCUGUUAGACAAGCUAUAGCGAAGUGGAAUGCAGAAAGCCAAAAUGCGCAAGCGCAAUAA